AUGUGGUUGCAUGUUUGUAGUCACACGGUGUAUGUGCCGGAAAAAACCACGGGCGCUUCUCGAAUGGAAAUCUCACUAGAGGAGAAAAGUGCCAUGUCCCACGAGAAAAACGACGCCAAAGAAAACGGAACCCAAGGUGUCCAGGCUGCCGUUUCGGGAAAUACUCGUACAAACUCCGCUCCGGCGGUUUCGGCCGAUGAGCCAAAAGACUUGUCCAUCGACUCGAUUGGAUGGUUGUUCAUCCAGAAAUAUUACAGCACAUACACCAGCAAAACCAGUAAGCUUUUCGCCUUUUACGAUGCAGAAGCGUCGUUUCUUCAUGACGACUUUCCAUCCGAAAGCGGGAAAAAAGUGCAUCUGGCCUCGGGUGUGGAGGCCAUCAAAGCCCAUUUUGCCCAACAGACCGAGGGCGCUGAAAAAAACAAGAUUGUGGUCGAUAGAGCUGAUUUCCAGUGGUCCGGUAGUGACCGGAUUUUGAUCGUGGUGUCUGGCUGCUGGAAAAAAGGAGACUCGAUGCUUUGGCAGUUUGUCCAGACUUUUGUGUUGAAGGCAAAAGAAAGGACAGUUUACGACGUGUGCAACGACGUUUUGCGCUUUGUGGACUACUCCGAGGUAUAUGUGCCAACAAGCAACGGCCAAAUAGAUGCUGGCGAGAAAAAGAAGGAAGUUAAGGUCGCAGAGGAGACUGAGGUGGAGAAGGAACAAAAGGCGGAAGAGAAAACUGAAACAAAGGAGCAGAAGGAUGCGGAGCCAAGGGAAGUGAAUGAGGCUAAAGAGCCAAAGGAUGUGAAGGAACAGAAGGAGACCAAGGAACAAAAAGAGCCCCAAGAUGCAAAGGAGUCCAAGGGCCCAAAAACCGACGCCAAAGCGCAACCAGAAACCUCAGCUAAGGAUAGUGAAGCCAAAAAGCCUCUUCCAGAGACUCCUGUUUCGGGAUCACAAACUCCAAGCGAGAAACCCGCCACCCUUGAAAGUGCUAAUGCUCCAAAGCAAACUUGGGCCACUCUUGCAGCUAUCGAGCCUAAAGUUUCCACGAAAAGCGCAACCGUUGCAUCUCCGAUCGCUGCUAAGUCUGCGCCAGCACCUUCACCUGUAGUGAAGAAACCUUCUCCACCGGCUGCACAGCCAGUCAAAUUUAAAAGGGAGGAAUGGUAUCCGAUCUACAUUCGCAAUAUCGACGUGGAAGAAGAGGAGUUGAAAAACGCAUUGAUCAAGCAGUUUGGAGAUAUCAAGUACUUCAGGAAGAGCAACAAGACAGCGUUGUGCGAUUUCCGGAACAAGGCAGACCAGAUCAAGGCUUUGGAUGCUAAGGAGAUCGUCGUGGGCAGCAACACAAUAUACUUGGAGCCCAGAUUGCAAAAAGUGUUUGGAAAGCCCGACCCUAAAAAGGAUAAGAAGCAGGUGAAGAAAAACGGAACGAAACCUAAGAGCUAA